AUGAGCUAUCAAGAAACUUUAGUUCGCUUAGAGAAAGAGAAAAAAGAACUGGAAACAGAGGUCGGCACUCGUUCUCCUAGUAGUGAUGAGUCCAAUCAAGAAAGAUUCAAAAGGGAAAAAUUAGAAUUAGUUAAAAAAAUAAUAAAAGGUUAUUCUCAAGGUUUUGCGGAGGAAAUAAGCGGUGAUAAAAUGGAUCAAGUAUUUAGUGAAGUUUACGGUUUUGAAAAACAAAAAGAGGAAGCAAAGUCUAUUUUGCUACUUCAAAAAUAUUUCAAAGCGAAAGGCAUCAAAGACCCCGAAGCUGGAAAAAUUUUGUGUUUUGUGGGUUCGCCGGGGACCGGCAAAACUCACUUUUCCCGUAAAUUCGCGGAGGCCAUCGGGCGAAAAUUUUUUAAAAUCAAUUUAGGAGGAGCCAGCGAUGCAUCCAUUAUCAACGGAGGGAAAACAAGCUUAGUAGGCGAAGGAGUGGGCGAAAUUAUUAAAGCUAUUGCUGACACUGAAAGUCGGGAUCCGGUAGUUUUGCUGGAUGAGGUUGACAAAACUGGUUCAUUCUUUGGUGGCAGUAUCGAAAACGCACUUUUGCACGUCCUAGACCCCGAGCAAAACCGGAAUUUCAAGGACCGUUAUUUAGGGAUAGAAAUCGACAUCAGUUUUUUCACUUUUGUCUUGACCGCCAAUGACCUAAGCAAAGUCCCUGAGCCACUGAAAAAUCGCUUGGAAAUUAUUAGAUUACCCUCCUACACCAAAGAGCAAAAAUUUCAAAUUGGUAAAAUGAAGAUUGGAACAGUCUUCUCAGAAAGUUAUCAGAAUAAAAACAAAGACCUUUUUGAAAUAACUGAUGAGGCUCUCCGCACUUUAAUUGGCAAAAUUGAGGAGGAUGGGGUUCGCCAGUUAGAAAGAAAAAUUAAGGACCUCAUUCGUUGGGCUUUUACUCAAUGGUCUCUGGCUUUAGAAAGAGGAGAGGAAGAAACCAAAAUUAUUAUCGAUGAAGACAAAGUAAAUGAACUAGUGGAAGAUUCGAAAAAGGAUGAGCCAGAAGAAGAAAGUGCUGAAGAUAAAUUAAAAAAAGAAAUUGAAGAAUUAACCCAAGAAAAAGAAAAUCUAGAGUCUUCUAACUUAUCUCUUUUUAAAUCAUUAAUCAUUAGCAAUAAUCAUGGGUUUUGUGAUAAGCACAAUAAAACUACUUGCCAAAAUUCCGAGGGGAAUUGUGCUCUUUGCCAACUAGAGGAACAAACAAAAACCAUCAAAUCCAUUACCACCAAAGAAAAUUUAUCUACUUUGGAGAAAGAACUAGCCAACAAAAUCAGAACUAGUGUUGCUGAAAUUAAUAAAAAAUUUGCCCAGAUUCGUUCUAACCAGUCUCAAACUACAAAUAAAGGUUUUGGUGCUACUACUUCACUCUUGAUAAUUGUGGCGGUUGGUGGGAUUUUUCUUUGGAAAAAGUUAAAAAAUUCUAAUAAGACUGACUCGGCUGACCAGGAAGAUGAAGAUAUAAAUCCGGAAGAACUUCCUCCUGAGAUAAAAAAAAAUUACCGACCAAUAUUUCUGUCUCUCAAGCCAAAGAUGAGUUAUUGGAAGCACUUUAUCAAUGCCGAUAAAAAAGGAAAUGAAGACGAUCCUCUUUUUGAAACCAAAUUUUUGGAAAGUAUAAUCGAAAAAUACCAACCAAAAAAUAUUUUUUCUAAUCUGCCCAAGCAAGAAAAAUUUAAUGAAACCAUUAAGGAAAUUAGAGGCAAUCUUCGCUUUUUAAGAGAAGGCUUUGAAUUAAAAUACAAGGGCAAUAAGAAAAUUGACUGGGUCGCUUCCUUGCGAAAACGUGCUAAAAGAAGAAUCGAGAACAAAACUAAAACUCAACAAGAGGAGGAUUUUACCAAAAUGACUGGCUAUCUGGAAAGAGAAUAUAAUUCUUUUGUGAGAUUACAUGCCCAUAAAUUUCCCGCCCUGACCAGUCUAAAAGAGUUAAACCAAUGGACUUAUAUCUUGGUCAAAAAAGCUAGCAUCGCUUUCGAGAUUGUUUAUGAUCGCUUUUAUCUAGGACAAAGAAUGGGUAAGAAAGUUCUUUCUCCAGUCAAAGGGGGAUGGGAAACCGACUGGUAUG